AGAUGCUUCAGUCCCCACUCACUCUGGCCCCAGCAUCUUCUAAGAGCAGGUUCUCCCACAAUUUCCAGCAAAAGCCACGUAGCAACACUCAGGAUCUCCUAAAGCUGAAGAAGAAAUAGCAUCUCGUUCCUCAUUCUGGUUGCUUUUCAUUUUCUUUUAAGUGCUUCUGCGUGUUAAUUGAUAAAGAACAUGUCUGACCAAGAGGAAACUUGUUUUGAGGAGAUGGAUGAAGAUGAAAUCUUGGCAAACCUGUCCCCUGAAGAGCUGCGGGAACUACAGAGUGAAAUGGAGGUCAUGGCUCCAGACCCCCAAGUGCCCGUUGGAAUGAUACAGAAAGAUCAGACUGAGAAACCCCCAACAGGAAACUUUGACCACAGAUCCCUUGUUGACUACCUGUAUUGGCAGAAGGCAUCCCGACGUAUGCAUGAGGAUGAGAGAGUUCCAGUCACUCUCUUGCCAUCGGAGCGAGUCGCUGGAGAAAAGGUUGAAGAAAAUGUUGCUGAUACCAGCAAUGAAAAUCAAAUCACAAAAAGUGUGAUGGGGAAAACAAAUGGAGAUGUAAGAGACUAUAAAGAAAAUGAAGAGGAGGAGGAGGAAAAGGAGGAGGAGGAGGAGGAGGAAGCAGAAGAGGAAGAGGAGGAGGAGGAGGAAGAGGAGGAGGAGGAAGAGGAGGAAGAAGAGGAGGAAGAAGAUCAGGAUGAUUUGGGAACAAAGAAAUCAUCUGGUGAUGAGGAUAGCAGAAGCAAAGUUGAGACUAAGGAUCCAAGCAUGAAACCAGUUGAAAAACAAGAAAAUAGUGAGAAGAAAAUAUCAAAGUUAAAUAUUCCCCAAAAAUUAGCUCUUGAUACCAGUUUUAUUAAAAUAAGUGCCAGACCUUCAGGAAAUCAAACCAAUCUGGAGGACAGCUUGAGAAAAGUCCGGAACAAUGACCCAAGCAUAACCGAACUCAACCUGAACAACAUUGAGAACAUCCCCAAGGAAAUGCUGGUGGACUUUGUCAAUGCCAUGAAAAAGAACAAGCACGUGAAAACGUUCAGUUUAGCCAACGUGGGGGCGGAUGAUAAUGUGGCUUUUGCCCUGGCCAACAUGCUGCGAGAGAACAGGAACAUCACUACCUUGAAUAUCGAUUCCAAUUUUAUUUCAGGUAAAGGGAUUGUCGCCAUUAUGAGGUGCCUGCAGUACAACGAGAAGCUGACUGAGCUACGUUUUCACAACCAGAGGAGUAUGUUGGGCCACCAGGCAGAAAUGGAGAUUUCCAGGCUGCUGAAAGCCAACCCUACGCUGCUGAAGAUCGGCUACCACUUUGAACUUCCAGGGCCCAGAAUGGUGGUUACCAAUCUACUCAGCAGAAACCUGGACAAGCAGAGGCAGAAAAGGAUAGAAGAGCAAAGGCAGCAGCAGCUGAAACAGCAGAAGGAGCUGAUAGCGAUGCUUGAGAAUGGCCUCGGGCUGCCUCCUGGGAUGUGGGAAUUGCUGGGGGGACCAGUGCCUGCCUCAGUGAUAUCUCCUCCAGCACAACCUCCAAUGCCACCAGUCCCCAGAGUGCCAUCUCUUAGCAGAAAAAAUGAGCCAGCAAGGAAACCAGACCCUGAAGCUCAGAGCAGGGAAGACACUCCCUCCUUCAAAAUAGUGAAACUCAAGAGAACCCAGCGCAAGCCCAGUGUGAAAGAAUACGUGGAGCCUGCUGAAAAAACCAAUCUCAAAGAUGUGAUCCGAACACUAAAACCUAUUCCAAGAAUUCGGCCACCUCCUCUAGUGGAAAUAACUCCAAGGGAUAAGCUGCUUAACGAUAUUCGUCAGAGCAACGUAGCGUAUCUUAAACCAGUGCCAGUUCCCAAAGAGCUGGAGUAAGACACCCCAUUCAGCAGAAGGAAACAACUCAGAAAACAGACAGACCAUCCAGGUGUUGCUUCAGAUUGUUUCAAGGGCUGUUUCCUUCAGGUGGAAGAGAUGAAGAUGUGGGAUCAACAGUUGAAUCAUGCUGUCUGUUGAAGUGAUAGAAGGCAUUUCAAUGGUUAAGAAUUCUUAUCCAUUCUCCCGUAAUGAGCUGGUUUCAUCCUACAGCCCCAGUCAUCCAGCUGGAUUCUUAUUUCUCUUUUGGUGGGGGAUGGAGAAAGAUACUCUGCCUUUCCCUUUCAUAAUGAUGUUACCACUUUUAUGGUUCCUUCAGUAACUCUUCCUCCAAGCGUGUCAUCUUCUCUGUUAAGUUGGCAUCCUUUUGUGAGUUCUUUCCUGCCUCCUUCAUCGACACACCUGUAGUUGUGUGGCAUCCCUACCAGCUUCAGCACCUUUUCCCUCUUUCUUUCUCUUUGGGUGUGGGGCAAACCACAGUUGCUAUGGUUUUUAUUAGAGGAAGGAUACCACGACAGAAAUAAACCUCUACUUUCAGAA